AACGUGAGAUCCAGUUAGUCUUGUUUCCUUUAUUUUUUCUCUGCCCCCCCGGAAAAAAGAUCGGGAGAGAUGGACGGAGCUCCGGCGAAUGAGUUCCCGGUGGUGGUGACGCAUGGAGGCCGAUAUCUUCAGUACAACAUAUUCAACAAUUUGUUUGAGAUCACUGCCAAGUAUCAGCCUCCCGUGAUGCCCAUUGGAAGGGGCGCAUACGGGAUCGUUUGUUCGGUGAUGAAUUCGGAGACAGGAGAGAUGGUUGCAAUCAAGAAGAUCGCCAACGCAUUUGAUAACCACAUGGAUGCAAAGCGGACCCUUCGCGAAAUCAAGCUCCUGAGACAUUUGGACCAUGAGAAUGUUAUAGGAAUACGAGAUGUAAUCCCACCACCUGUCCCCCAGGCAUUUAAUGAUGUAUAUGUUGCAACUGAGCUUAUGGACACUGACCUCCAUCAUAUAAUUCGCUCCAAUCAAGAAUUAUCAGAGGAGCAUUGUCAGUACUUUCUGUAUCAGAUCCUUCGUGGUUUGAAAUAUAUACAUUCAGCGAAUGUUAUUCAUCGAGAUCUGAAGCCCAGCAAUCUUCUGCUUAAUGCAAACUGUGAUCUAAAAAUAUGUGAUUUUGGUCUUGCACGUCCUACAUCAGAAAAUGAAAAUAUGACUGAGUACGUAGUUACUAGGUGGUACAGAGCACCAGAAUUGCUGCUGAAUUCAACAGACUAUACUGCUUCCAUUGAUAUAUGGUCUGUAGGCUGCAUUUUUAUGGAGCUAAUGAAUAGGAAACCGCUGUUUCCUGGACGGGACCACAUGCAUCAGAUGCGUUUAAUUACAGAGUGCAUUGGCACACCCACUGAAGCGGAGCUUGGAUUUCUACGGAGUGAAGAUGCAAGAAGGUAUAUGAGGCAUCUACCCCAGUAUCCUCGUCAACCAUUUACAAGCCUAUUUCCCCAUGUUCAUCCAGCUGCAAUUGAUCUUGUGGAAAAAAUGUUGACAUUCAAUCCCUCCAAAAGAGUUACAGUCGAAGAAGCACUCUCUCAUCCAUACCUUGAAAGGUUACAUGACAUUGCUGAUGAACCUGUUUGUAUGGAACCUUUCUCCUUCGACUUCGAGCAAAAUGCCUUAAGUGAGGAGCAAAUGAAAGAGUUGAUAUACAGGGAAGCUCUAGCACUCAACUCAGACUCUGGCCACUGAAAAAAAAAAAAUUAUCAUUCCAAACUUUCUGAUUUGAAUGCUUUUGUAAAUAUAUGAGAGCCUGAAGACUUUGGCGAUUGAAAUAUUCAGAUUUUUAUUUUGUAUUUGGGUGUGCAUGAGGAAGUUAUUUAUUUGUGCACAUAUGACAUCUGAGUUGCAUGUCAAUGUAUUUGUGAGACAACAUUAUGUAUACCUGGGUGUGUUUGUAUCAAAAAUAUGUUCAAUAUCGAAAUGUUCAAAAUUUUAGUUUAUCUUCUCUCA